AAAAUUAUUUUUAAAUGUAUUUGUGGUAAGAAUUUUAUUUAUUAUAGUAUUUAUUUUACAAAAAUGCUGACUCCUAGUUUUGAACUUCGACAGAACAAUGAUUUCUUGAUUCUCACUAUUAAAGCUCCUUAUGUGAAAGCAAAUGAGGUAGAAAUAUAUAUUGAUGAAUAUGACUUCAAAUUCUAUGUGAAACCCUACUUUCUUAGAUUAACCUUUCCAUGUAAAGUUGUUGAAAAUGGUAAAGAAAAUGCAUCCUAUGACAUUCACAAAGGUGUUUUUACAAUUAAUAUACCAAAGCUACAAAGUGGAGAAUUUUUUCCAAAUCUUGAAAUGUUAACUUUACUUUUGGCUAACAAGAAGAAACAAACAAAUAAACCUCUGGUCGAGGUUUUAGCUGAUGAAAAUUCAAAUAACAAUCAGAAUGGUGAUGUGAAUGAUAAUGAUGUGGAUGAUCCAGAUGAUGAAUUCACUUGGGAGAUAGAACAAACAUUAAAUUCUGAAUCUGCAUCAGAUAAAUGCUUUCAAUACAAAUAUGGUUUCGGCAAUAAAUAUUAUGGCUUAUUCUCAAGUUUUAAGGGUGAAAUGUCUGAAGUUAUUGAUCUGGACUCUCCUGACGAGACAACACCUUCAGAUAGGCAAAGACUAAGAAAGUUAGCAGACGCUGAAAAGUUUGAUAAAGAUCAUUACAUUGCAGACUUUUUGGACGAGGAACUAAUGAAACCUCUUCUAGAGUUUUGUCCAUCAUGGUUAAAUUAUAAGGAGAAUCACUCCCAUCAUGAGGAAACAUCACCGAAUUUAUGUCAACCAGACGGUUUAAUCAAAAAAAGCUCUAAACUGCUUCAUGCUGACAACAGUUGUAAAUUUGAGUUCACCGAGGAUGAAAAGUAUCAAUUAAUGCAGCUCGCUCAGAAUGAUCAUAUUCUUUCAAAGGAAGAUGAAACUAUGUGUUUUUUAAGUUUAGUUGACAUUUUGUUGUCUUAUUGUUAUGAUAUCAGAACUACAGAAGCAGAGCAUACGACUUGCUCAGCAUGGACAAUAUCAAAACUAAGUUCUACGCUGUCUUGGCUUGAAGUGCACAAAUCUUUAAAAGAUGUUUUGGUGAGUUUUGCUUCUCGCUGUUUAUGCUAUCCUCUCUAUCGCAAUUGGGAUUUAUUUGUCAAAGUUAUAGAUGAUGCAAAAAACUUGUUUCUGCAUGGGAAAUCUCAUAUUCUGCGAUGUCUUCUUGAUAUAAAAAGAAUUUUUCAAAAAGAUGAAAAUAGAUAUUUGUUAAACGAACUUUAUAUAAAUGAUUACUGCGUUUGGAUUCAGAGACAGAGUAACGUUAAAAUUACAUCUCUUGCUACAAAUAUACAAAAUACCAAAAUAUGCAAAGACGAUGUUCCAUUUAACUUGAGAGAAAUAGAAAAAGAAGCUUUUAGAGAUUAUGUAGAGUAUGAAUCGCCGCUCAACAGCUCAAUUGAUGAAGAUUCGUCGGCUAACAACUCAUCUUUAAGCGAAAUUGACUCUGAUGAUACCGAAUCUGAAGAUGAUAGUAAUGUUGAUAUUAGUUUUAAUUUAACAGAAAAGUUAUUUUCCAAAGUCUCAGUUAAUAAAAAUGUACAGCUCGAUGUGGUUAACGCUGAUGGGUGCUUUGAUGAAUCAAAAAAAGAUUUAGAAAACUGUGAAAAUCAGUUUAACGCUGCAAACAAUGAUUUACAAUGCAUAAGUACGGGUUUAAAAAAUCUUUAAAAAUUGUUCACAA